AUGGACUUUUUCGAUAAGAUAAUUUGCAAUCUGCACUUCAGUCCCGCUUCAUUGAAGCCCAUAUUGCCGCUGAAUUUUGUUUUCAAUAUUUUAUUCAAGGAUCGUGUCACAAAGCCCCAGAAGAAAAUGCUCAUAACACUACUGCGUGAGACCAAAUUCAUGGAGGGUAAGAAAGAAAAAGAAUGGUACUGGGAAAAGAUACAGGAGGCCUUGAAUAGAAUUGGACCGAAAAAGACCAUCAUACAAUGGAAGAAGUGCUGGCGUGAUAUGCGUUUGACGACACGCAAAAAACUUGCCGAGCUGAAACGUUGCCAAAUGGCUGGUGGCUCACCGCCACCCGGCAUCGAACUGAGUCAAGAAGAUAAUGACAUUAUCGACAUAGUUGGCACGGAAUAUUUCUAUGAAGAAAUGAACGGUGAAUUGAAACCGGAAAAUUUCAUAACCGGUUUUGAUUAUGUCCCUGAACAUUUCUGUGAUGCCAUACUCACAGCUGCGGCGGUUUCCAGUGGCCAACAGCAUAUGCAACAUCAAAAGGAACAACAACAGCAGCAACAACAUGCCCAACAACAGCAACAACAACAAGAUCAUCAUACCAAUGAUGGUGAGACAAAUGAUGCCCCCGGCUCCUCAAAUCAUGCCGAUACCCAGGCUGGCCCGUUUGGAGCCCAGGGAAAUAUCGCUCACAUGACUGGCCAAAAUGGUGAUCAUUCAAAUUCGACGGGUACAUUACAACAGCCAAAUAUUAUGCCUAAUCAUCCUGUUUUUUCAGGUGGGCUGCAUCCACAUUUGAUGCGGCGUCAACAUCAUGCCACAGCGGCUUUCCAACGGGAGGCAGCCUUUGAGGAGAAACUGCUGCAAUUCAUGCAAGAUGCCUUUCCCAAGAAGAGUAAAAAGAGGAAAAGUCGUGAUCCUGAUAAGCUUUUCUUACUUUCGUUAUAUGAAGAGAUUAAAAGGGUCCCCGAAGAUAUACGUCUGGAUGUUAAAAGUGAACUAAUACAAGUCCUUAAACGUUAUCAGAAAAAAUCACCUAUUAAACAGGAGAAAACCAAUCAUACUCAUACCCAGUCGUCGUCAAGUUCGGGUAAAUCAUCGGGUAGUACAACACCCAAUGAAAAGGUACAGCUGCCACAGCAACAACACACCCAAUUAUCGCACAGUAUGUAUCAGCUGCAAAAGAAAUACGAUAAAAGUGAAAAGGAACCUUCACCACAAUCCCAAGUUGAUCGUGUCCAGCAACAUUCACGUGAACAGGUUGCAGCAGCAGCCGCCGCAGCAGCCGUGGCGGCCUCAAGCAGUGUGACCUCGCUGCAUGCUCCUCAACAAAUACCACACUCCCUGUUUCAGCUGCAAAAGAAAUACGAAGAGAGUGCCGCCGAAAAGGUGCACGAACAGCGAAAACAUGUUGAGGCAGCCCAUCAACAGCAGCAUCAGACUCAGGCCCAUCAACAACCACCUCCACCACCGCCUUCCAAUGAACAACAGCAACAUCUACAUCAUCCACAAAUGACACAUGGCAUAAUGUUCCCAUUGCCGCAAAUACGUAGCGAGCAGCCUGGAGGUGGCGGCGGUGGCGGUCAGCAGCAACAACAUCAUGCCCAUAAUCCCCACCAACAGCCACAGCAAUCACAACAUCACCAGCAACAGGCGCAACAUCAUCCACCAUCGAUUUUCGGAACCCCCGCCACAGCUGCUGGGGGUAUGAGUACCGAUCGUCCUGCGAUGUCAUAUGAGAAUGUAGGAUGAAUGUGGAGUCGUUUAUGGGAAGCUGCCUGGGAGGCGGGCGGACGAUUUCCAUUAAAUGUUUCUUUGUUAGAUAAUAGUGAAGCUGAAUAGGCUCUAAAACAAAAGAUUAAAAGAAAAAUCAGAAAAAAAACUGA